CGCUUCCACAAGCCCCAUCACCUCUGGAAGAUCGCGACGCCCUUCGCCAGCCACGCCUUCCACCCCGUCGACGGCUUCCUGCAGAGCCUGCCCUACCACGUCUACCCCUUCCUCUUCCCCCUGCACAAAGUCACCUACUUGGGCCUCUACAUCUUUGUCAACGUCUGGACCAUCUCCAUCCACGACGGCGACUACCGCGUCCCCCGCCUCCUGCGGCACGUCGUCAACGGCUCCGCCCACCACACCGACCACCACUUGUACUUCGACUACAACUACGGGCAGUACUUCACCCUCUGGGACAAGAUCGGCGGCUCCUACAAGAGCCCCACGGCCUUCGAG